CCACCAAGCUAGCUAAAGAGCUAACAAGCCUCUGACAGCGACCGCAGGUGUACCCAACAUCCAUCGACUGCUAGAAGAUACACGCUCAGUUCUCACGUUUUUCUUCUUAAACUUGCUACGUUUUAGCCUCAACAUGUUCGAAGAAGCGAGCGAAGUGUUUGAGAACAUGUUUAAAUCUUCAUUUCCUUUAACAUUCAUUGUGUUUUUGCCGGCUGUGCUUAUUUUGGUCUCGCCACUUCCAGCCGAAGCGGCACAUGAAUUCACGGUGUACCGCAUGCAACAGUACGACCUACAGGGACAGCCCUAUGGCACCAGAAACGCGAUUUUAAAUACCGAGGCUCGCACCGUGGAAGCAGAGGUGCUGAGUCGCCGCUGCGUGCUCCUCCGACUAGCAGAUUUCUCAUAUGAGAAGUACCAGAAAGCUCUUCGACAGUCUGCCGGAGCUGUCGUCAUUAUUCUGCCAAAAAAUAUGUCCACCAUGCCGCAGGACGUUUUGCAGCAGUUCAUGGAGAUGGAGCCAGAGCUCCUUGCCACUGAAACUAUUGUUCCAGUGUACUUUGCACUGGAAGAUGAUGAGCUGCUGUCCAUAUACAAGCAGACCCAGAUCUCGUCAUCAUCACAAAUAUCUUCAUCAGCAGCUGAGGUGCUGCUGCACACAGCAACUGCCAAUGGUUUUCAGAUGGUCACCAGCGGCGCACAGAGCAAGGCAGUGAGCGACUGGGCCAUCACCAGCCUAGAGGGAAGACUGGCUGGAGUUGGAGGAGAGGACCUGCCAACCAUCGUCCUGGUGGCUCACUAUGACUCCUUUGGAGUGGCACCUUGGCUGUCCUAUGGCGCUGAUUCUAAUGGCAGCGGGGUGUCCGUUCUGCUGGAGUUGGCCCGUCUCUUCUCCCGACUGUACACCUAUAAGAGGACGCAUGCCGGGUACAACUUGUUGUUCUUUGUGUCCGGAGGUGGAAAGUUCAAUUACCAAGGCACCAAGCGUUGGCUGGAAGAUAAUUUGGACCAUACAGACUCCAGCCUGCUGCAGGACAAUGUAGCGUUCGUUCUGUGCUUGGACACUCUGGGCAAUGGGGACAGCCUUCACCUUCAUGUGUCCAAACCUCCCAAAGAGGGCAGCCCACAGUACACCCUGCUGAGAGAACUGGAGACUGUGGCCGCCAGCCAGUACCCUGACGUGAAGUUCUCCAUGGUCCACAAGAAGAUCAACCUGGCCGACGACACUCUGGCCUGGGAGCACGAGCGCUUCGGGAUCCGCCGUCUCCCGGCAUUCACGCUGUCGCACCUGGAGAGCCACCGGCACGCCCUGCGAAGCAGCAUCAUGGACAUGCGGUCAGUGUCCCCCUCUCAGGAUGGGGCGGGAGAGGUGACAGCUGGGCCUCAUGUGGACUUAAAAAAGCUCAGUCGCAACACUAAGCUGAUUGCAGAGGCUCUGGCCAGAGUUGUCUACAACCUGACAGAGAAGGGUGCGCCAGGAGACCUCCAGAUCUUCACAGAGCAAAUGCAGGUGCAGGAGGAGCAGCUAUCCUCAGUGGUGGACUGGCUGACGGCCCAGCCCCGGGCUGCCCAGCUGGUAGAUAAGGACAGCAGCCUAGUCAGUACACUGGAGUACUAUCUGGCCCGCUAUCUGAAGGAUGUAAAGCGGCACUACGUCAAAGCUGACAAGAGAGAUCCAGAGUUUGUAUUUUAUGACCAGCUCAAGCAGACGAUGAACGCGUACAGGGUAAAGCCAGCCAUCUUCGAUCUCCUGUUGGCUGUUUGCAUUGCUGCCUACCUUGGAGUCAUGUAUUUAGCUGUGCAGAACUUUGGCCUUCUCUACAACAUUCUGCGCCGGGUCACCCAACCCAAGGCCGCAAAGCAGCAUUAAGAACCUCAGCUCAGGAUCGACUCUGUUCUCUUUUCACUGAAACAGGAACCCAGACCCACAGUCCUGUUUGUUUCUGAAAUGAAUGAGCUCUACAGCUGGUCCACAUGGACUUCCAACCCAAGAGCGGCCAUGUUUACUUAAAACUCACUAAUACCCCCCCCCCCCCUACUAAAAGUGUGUUUUGAAGAGUUUGACCUUAAACGACCCCCUCAUUCAGGUCAGGAUCAGCUUCAGCGUCUUCCUCUCUACUGCCAUGUUUGUUUUUGACAUUUUCUCUCUUCUUUCCCCAACCAAGUGUCAAAGGGUGGCAUUCUCAGGCAGCUAAGAUGAGCUUUCACUGUGUAGAACUUAACUGGGACCUGAACUACCGAGAUGAAAUCUCUGAUAGCCUGCCAUUCUUGUCUGUGCUGUUAAAAUGUGCAGUUGUGUGUGAUUAUUAUUAUUUUUUUCUGUUUUCUUUUCCUGCAUCAGUUGUUCAUCAGAUAUUUUUAGAACCUGACCUUGAAGUGGAAAUACUCUUCAGUCGUUACAGCUAUUUAACUAAAACUUCCAUUUUGAGGUCAUGUCCUGUUCCGAGAUGUCUUGCUGUGAAAAUUGCUCUGAAGUGAUGGGAGAUGAUGAUGAUGAUCAUACAUUUACGCAUUUUUUAAAAUUUAGAGAUGAAGAUGUCUUAUCUUGAGCCAGACCUCACAGGUGAUUCUGAAAUGUAUGCAAUGUUCUAAUAAGAUAUGUACUUUCUACUUGAAAGCAGUGGCAAGAAAUUGUUUGAUUUCCUGCAUGCCUAUGGUUUCGUAAAAAAUAAACAUUCAUGUAGUGAAA